AUGGGCCGCCCCCUCCAAACAUACGAUGACAUUGCCAUCGCCGAACUCGCAUUCUAUCUCUUCGCCCUAGCGGGAGGCAUCUUUCUCUGCCUCAAGCAUGGCUUCGCCAAAAACGCCGCCUUCCGAGCCCUCAUUAUCCUCUCUCUCGCCCGUGUCAUCGGCGCCUGUCUUCGCCUUGCCACAAUUUCCUCACCAGACAACAUCAACCUCUACAUUGGCUGGAUGACACUCGAAGGCAUUGGUUUGGCACCUCUUAUCAUGCUUGCUCUUGGCCUUCUCUCCCGUGUUUUCGAGUCCAUCCAGAGCAAAGGCCGCAUCCUCAUCCGACCCCAGCACCAGAAAUUCGUGGAACUUCUGAUGCUCCUCGCCAUUAUCCUCCUUAUUGUGGGCGGCACUCAGUCUGACUUUACCAUCGUCGACGGCAAGCCAAAGGUGAAAUAUUCCACCGUCAGCCACGCUGCCGAGGGCAUUCUGGUGGCCAUCACGGCUCUCCUGGCCUUUGCCAUUGUCCUCGCCAUCCUCAACCAAAGCCACGUUGGCGCCGGCGAGCACCGAAUCAUCUUCACCGUGGCUGUUUGCUUCCCGCUGAUCCUUGUGCGCCUCGUAUACUCGUGUCUCCUCAUCUUCGGUGGCAUUACUUCUACUCCCUGGCUCUACCUCGGCAUGUCCUCCCUCAUGGAGAUGAUUGUUACUCUCCUAUCGGAAAUCCUUGGUUUCAACCUGGGCAAGGCCGUGCCGCAACCGGUUCCCCGAAGCGACGAGGAGAUGCAAGCUUUUAGCAGUAAGUAG